AUGACUGCUGGUUGGGCGGGUCUUUGCUGCAGCCGCGUGUGCGCGUUAUUAUUAUACAACCAACACAGUUUGGAAUCGACUCCAAGGCAGCGUGUGCUUCCAACUUUGUGAACAUUCUUUGAGCGCAAAGAUGGCCGCUUCCCUUCUACGGAUUGGACGACUUGGCUCUCUCAAGUGUCUGCAGCAGGAGAGCUGGAGUUCUUUGAGAGGGACAUCUGCUGCUUCUCUCAGCACAAAAUUGGGAGAGCUCAACCAACCAGACAAAAAGACAAGAUUCCAAAAGGCCAAGGGCAAAACCUCCCUUGACACGGCACAGCUCCUGCAGUACCGAUCAUACACAGAUUUACCCAAGAACGAUGCCAAGCCCGCUGUGGCUGCCGUAGCAGAAGCUGGCACUGUCGCGCCCAUCUCUGGGCCGGUCACCUCUGCCACAGCUGCCCCGGAAGUUUCCGCAGCCGCCCCGGAAGUAGCCAUGGCUGUGCCAGAAGGUGCUCCAGAAGUUUCGGCUGCAGCCCCUGAAGUUGCAGCAGUGGCUCCAGAAGUUGCAGAAGCCAUCCCAGAAGUUGUGGCUGCUGCCCCAGAGGUUGCUACAGCCGCUCCUGUAGCUGAAAUUGCCCCUGAAACUGGGGCCAAAGAUGCAGCUGCUGAUGCGGCACCAGCUAAAGAAGCUGCUCCAGAAGCUAUCGCCCCAGAAGCACCUGCCACAGACGUUGCUCCUGAAACCUUAGCGCCUGCUCCAGAGGCUGUGCCUGCAGCUGAAGCUACUGCAGAACCUGCACCUGAAGCUGCAGCUGCUGCUGCAGAACCUGCACCUGAAGCUGCUGCUGCUGCUGCAGAACCUGCACCUGAAGCUGUAGCUGCAAAACCUGUGCCUGAAGCUGCAGCUGCAGAACCUGCACCUGAAGUUGCAACUGCUUCUGCAGAACCUGCGCCUGAAGCAGCAGAACCUGCACCUGAAGUUGUAGCUGCAGUUGCAGAACCUGCACCUGAAGUUGCAGCUGCAGCUGCAGAACCUGCGCCUGAAGUUGCAGCUGCAGCUGCAGAACCCGCGCCUGAAGUUGCAGCUGCAGCUGCAGAACCUGCGCCUGAAGUUGCAGCUACAGAACCUGUGCCUGAAGCUGCAGCUGUAGAACCUGCACUUGAAGCUGCACUUGCAGAACCUGCACCUGAAGUUGCAGCUGCAGAACCUGUGCCUGAAGCUGCAGUUGUAGAACCUGCACUUGAAGCUGCACCUGCAGAACCUGUGCCUGAAGCUGCAGCAGAGCCUGCUGUUGUAGAACCUGCAACAGAGUCCGCAGCUGAAGCCAUGGUGCCUGAGGCUGAUCUGGACCCGAUACAGAAACUCUUUCUGGACAAGAUCCGAGAGUACGCCACCAAGAGCAAAACCACAGGUGGUCUGGUAGACGCAGGUCCGGAGUACCAGAAGAACCUGUCUGAGGAGAUGACCAAACUGCAGAGGCUCUACGGUGGUGGUGACCUCACCAAAUUUCCUGACUUCAAGUUCUCAGAGCCCAAGUUAGAUGAAGUGGCCCCAAAGUGAGCAUCGUCAAUCAGUCUCCGCCAUCUAUUAUGCAGUCUGCACUGUUCAAUUAAAUCACAUCUACUAAAUUAAAUGGCGUACAGUACCCCUAAAACCAUAUCAUUAAUGGGCACAAUUAUUUAAAAAUCACAAUUGCGAUGAGAAAUUCUGAACAGCAAAGUCCCACAUACUUGGUCAUGAACAUUUUUAAUGUAAUGGUGUGAAGAGUCAACAGAAAAUGCCCAAUAUCCAAAAAUGGUAAGUUAUGGCGUUUAAAUAAACUGGUGCUGGACUGGACCCAUAAGUGCCUUCAGUUUAGCAUUCUGUAGAAACCUGCCUACACACAGUGCAAUACUUCCUGUUUCCCCUCAAGGAUCACUCUACAAGUUUGGGUAAUAUAAUUGUGCCAGGUUAUUAAUUUUAUUUGCACUUUCAUUGUAAAGGUGUUGCUUAGUGAUACUAACGUAAUGGAAAGACAACAUUGAGUAUGAGAGGGUUACUGUGGAGUCUGGAAGAGAAUGUAUCCUGAUAUGUUCCCUGCAAUCAGUAAUAAGUGGCUAAAGGCUUUCACAGUAUGCUCAAACCUCUUGAGAAGUGUCCAGAGAUACCUUUCUUCCUUUAUGGGAUGGCUGUAUUGUCCAGUCUGGAAAUCUGAAGACACGUUUUAGCUCUGAGCUGUAACCAGAUUCAAAUGUGUUUUUUCUGUCCUAACAUGUGGGAGUAUGACUUUGCCUGAAAUGCCCUGGAAAAAUAAACUGGAUAUGAAUCAUUUGA